ACAGAUGGCACACAGCGGUCAGUUACGAUUCAAAAGUUCUGCUUUCUUGUGUGUAGGCAUUAAAAAUUUCGUAUAUUGCAUCUGCAAAGUAGGUACGCCGUCUCUUGUCACACUGGUGCAAUAUAGACAUAACAUAUAAUUUCAAAUACAACACAGCGAACAGAGGAAUACUAUAUCUCACAUUUUAUAUGUGUUAAUUCAAGCAGAUAAAAUAAAUUUUACGCCACAUUUUAUCUAACGAGAGAUUCUCUCAUUUUUGAAUUUGCGCCACAGUGUAUAUAUAUCGGUUCCAUAAAGUUAAACCAAAAGGAAAUGUUCGAAUCACAACAAAUGAAAUCCGAAUGGUUCUACAAGACUCGACCACCAAAUCGAUCGAAAACAUUCAAAUACCUAUUAAAGCUGUCGUCAAAUGCGUCUGUCACAUGGGAAUGAAAAUAAUAUCAAUGUUAUACGUUCUUCAAUCGGUUGGCCAAAUGGUUCACGAACAAAUGCACAUCACACCAGCCCCAAAUAAGUAUGACUAUGUGCUUAUUAUGGAAACUGAAUCAUCUAAUGCUGUUUGCGAAGCAAUCAAAGAACUAUUUUGUUUUUGUGAUGAGAUUUCACAUGAUGAGAUUGAACAGAUUUGUCAUAAGAUAAAAUCGCGAAAAUGUGACCCAGACAUUUGUCUUCAAUAUCCACCAACUGGUACUGGACGACUUUCGAUAUAUGUCAAAGACUAUGCAUCUUUGGCAUGCGAUGAAUAUUUGAAUGACAAUAUUGUCAACUAUUACAUUCGAUAUUUAACGUGUGAAGUUUUGACCGAUAAACAGAAAAAUGUCUCACACAUUUUUGAUUCAUUUUUUUAUCAUGUGCUAUCGACACCGUCCAGCGAUCGGAAGAAUUCGAACCAAGAUAAACUUGCACGCAUUGAAAGAUGGACCAACAAAAUAAACAUCUUUGAUAAGGAUUUUAUCGUCGUACCAAUUAAUCAGAGUAAACAUUGGUAUUUGGUAAUUAUAUGCUUUGCCGGACUCUUUGAAGUAAAAUCCACAGUCAAACAGGGUAAACGUCGAAUUGAAAGCGAUACGGAUGAAUCAUCAACACAAAUCGUCAAAAGGCCAUGCAUUUUGAUAUUUGACUCCUUAUCGGGUCGACGAUACAAGGAGACCACAGUACUUCGCGAGUUCCUGAAUUUAGAAUAUAAAAGAAGUUCAUUGGUGAUGGCAAAUUUAAAUUUGAUUCUUUCAAUAUGCCUGGUCACCUCGUUAAAGUUCCACGUCAAGAAAAUACAUCGGAUUGUGCACUUUUCAUGUUACAUUACAUUGAGCAGUUUUUCAAGACUUCUGCAAUCAAGAACUUCGACUUUCCAAUAAAAAAUUUGGAAAAUUGGUUUGCACCUUCAGAGGCAGCACGAAAGCGUCGCGAUAUUGCUGAACUCAUUAAACACCAUAUGAGCGAUGAUAUUGAAAACUUACCAGACAUUCGA